AUGGCGCUACAAGAGACCGAGACUACGGUCGCACAGGAUCCUGUCGAUUCCAAGCAAUCCAGCGCAGAUCAUCUUGGAGUCCACGAGAAGAAAGACGCUGCGGACGACGUCCAUAUACACAACGAAUAUGCUUACAAGGGAGAUGACUCCGAUGGCAACGUCGCUUGGACUCUUCGUCACUCCGUGGCGGCGAUUUCCUUGGGCAUGCUCUAUGCCGGGUCCCAGGUCAUGCUCUACUUCGUGGGAGGAUGUUUGUCCUUCAUAGAAGCCGACCUUGGGGCCGAGAAAGUGGGAAGCUGGCUUCCCGUCUCGAACACGCUAGCUAUUACUGCCGUAUCACCGUUUGUGGGUUACUUGCAAGACCUGCUGGGCCGGCGCAAUAUCACUCUGGCGGGCUCUAUCGUGAUUAUGCUGGGAAUUGCUUUGAUCGGCAGCGCCAACUCCUUUGGACAAGCUGUAACGGGGAUGGCCCUCUCUGGCGCAGGCGCGGGCGUCUGCGAAUUGACCGCUCUGGCAGGGUAUGAGGGCAAGAAUCUGUCAGUCAUUAUUCGGAACGCUGAUGCCCAGCAGUUUGUCGGAUAUCGUCCCUGCGCCACGAUACCCUUGUUUGUCUUUGUUUGCCUCCUGAUGGGCCUCAGCCAGUUACUCUCCACGUACAGGACCUGGAGGUGGACGCAAUGGAUAGCUCUGAUCUGGAACGGCGUCGUUUUCUUGGGCCUGUUGACGACAUACUUCCCAAAAGCACAUCCUCGCCUGGAGGGGAUGUCCAAACAACAGAUCCUCAAACGCAUCGACUAUCUCGGAGCCAUUCUGUCCGUUGUAGGCAUCACUCUGUUCCUCGUCGCCCUCCAAUCUGGCGGAUAUACUCAUCCAUGGGCAAGCGGCUACGUCCUGGCACAGCUGAUUAUCGGAAUCUUGCUCAUCAUUGCCUGGGUUAUCUGGGAAUGGAAGUAUGCACCGCAUCCCAUGAUCCCACGCGAACUCUAUCAGGGACAACGGGUGGUGGCGCUUACUUUCCUUGUUGCCUUUGUUGCUGGCUUCGAUUUCUAUUCUCUGAUCAACUUCUUCCCGAUCUCAUUUUCAACUCUUUGGAGUCCGGAUCCAGUUCAAGUUGGCCUGAAGGGUUUAGGCUAUGGCAUUUCAACCACCGCAGGUGCCGUUUUCUGGAACGCCCUACUGUCGACGAGACUGGAAGCGAAAUACAUCCUGCUGAUGUCUUCCAUUAUCAUGACUGCUUUCAUCGGCGGUCUGGUCGCUACCACGCCAGAAACCCCCAAACUAGCAGUCGCCCUCGGCACGAUCGCCAGCUUUGGCGUCGGCGGCAUCCUCGUCCCCGCUGCCACCGUGGCUCUGAUCGUCGUCCCGGACUCUCUUCUCGCAACCACCGCCGCCUUGUCCCUGUCGAUCCGUACCGUGGGCGGUUCGAUCGGCUUCACCAUCUACUACAACAUCUUCGUGAACAAGCUCAACACGCAGCUACCUAAACAAAUUGCCAAGUACGCCAUCAAAGCAGGUUUGCCGGCAGCAGAUGCCACCGAGUUUGUGACAAUGUUUCUGGCUGCUCCAGCCAAUAUUACCCAAGCGGUUGGAUAUACACCACAGGCAUUGGCGGGCGCUACGUUGGGCGAGAGAUGGGCUUAUGCCGAGUCCUUGAAGUGGGUUUGGGUCACUAGCAUUCCGUUCGGUGUGCUGGCCAUCAUUACUUGCUUCUUCAUACCCAACAUCAAGAAAUAUCAGACCAACAGGGUCGCGGUCGCUUUGUGA